AUGAACUCGGAAGUUACUUCGGAGGUUACUAGAGAGGUUACUAGAGAGGUUACUAGGGAUGCUACUAGCUUACCCAACAACCAGUCACAUAUUGGGGAAAUAGCCAUGACAACUCUUAAAGCUGGCGUCAUUAUCGGUGAAACUAUUGGUGAAAUAUUGCCGUUUGCAGCAGCCGCUUGUAAAAUAGCAAGUCAAAUCAUAGACAUGGUAGAGUCAGCUCAACGUCAUAAAAAAAUCUGUAAAGACUUAUCGAGAAGAAUUGAGGAAGCGACAAAAAGAAUACAAGCAAAUCCACCAACAAAAGAUGUAAGCCUUGCGAUCCAAGUUUCAUAUCAAAACUAUAAACAGAUUUUAGAAGAGGCUGCUAA